AUGCCCUCCCCUACGGAUCCUGCGCUCCAGUUCGAUUCCAUCGAGGACACAAUUCAAGCGUUCAAGAACGGAGAGUUCAUCAUUGUCCUAGACUCACAAGAUCGCGAGAAUGAGGGCGACUUGAUCAUUGCUGCUGAAUCAAUCACACCCGCCCAAAUGGCCUUUUUGGUCCGGCACACCAGCGGCCUAAUCUGCGCCCCGGUAACCCCCGAAAUCGCCAACAAACUCCAGCUUCCCCAGAUGGUGAUCGAAAACGCCGACCCCAAGGGCACCGCCUACACAGUCUCUGUCGACUCCGCAGACCCCUCCGUCACGACCGGAAUCUCAGCACAAGACCGCGCACUCGCCUGCCGCACACUCGCAAACCCCUCCGCCCAACCCUCCGACCUCCGAAGACCUGGCCACAUCAUCCCGCUGCAGGCGAAGAGCGGCGGUGUGCGCGAGCGCAAGGGACACACAGAGGCGACGGUGGAUUUCUGCCGACUGGCUGGGAAGCAGCCUGCCGGUGUGAUUGCCGAGCUCGUUGAGGAGGGUGAAGUCGUCGAAGGCGUUGCGGAGAUCUCCGGGAAUAAUGGGAUGAUGAGGCGGGAUGGGUGCUUGCGGUUCGGGCGGAAGUGGGGGUUGAAGGUUUGUACGAUUGAGGAUUUGGUCGAGUAUCUGGAGCGGACGGAGGGGCCGUUGGCUUCGACCGCGGCGGCUGUUAAUGGAAAGCAUUGA